AUUGCGCGUGGUGGUCAUGGCGGCCAGCGGGGCUGUGGAACCAGGGCCCCCGGGGGCUGCCGUCGCCCCGUCGCCCGCCCCGGCCCCGCCGCCUGCCCCUGAUCACCUGUUCCGGCCCAUCAGCGCCGAGGACGAGGAGCAGCAGCCCACCGAGAUCGAGUCGCUAUGCAUGAACUGUUACUGCAAUGGCAUGACGCGCCUCCUGCUCACCAAGAUUCCCUUCUUCAGAGAAAUAAUAGUGAGCUCCUUUUCCUGCGAGCACUGUGGCUGGAACAACACGGAGAUCCAGUCGGCAGGCAGGAUCCAGGACCAGGGAGUGCGCUACACUUUGUCUGUCAGGGCUCUGGAGGACAUGAACAGAGAAGUGGUGAAGACUGACUCUGCUGCCACAAGGAUUCCUGAGCUAGAUUUUGAAAUUCCUGCCUUUAGCCAGAAAGGAGCUCUGACCACUGUUGAAGGAUUGAUCACCCGUGCUAUCUCUGGCCUGGAGCAGGACCAGCCUGCACGAAGGGCAAACAAAGAUGCUACAGCUGAAAGAAUUGAUGAGUUCAUUGUCAAACUGAAGGAGCUAAAGCAAGUAGCCUCCCCUUUCACUCUGAUCAUUGAUGAUCCCUCAGGGAACAGUUUUGUGGAAAACCCACAUGCUCCUCAGAAAGAUGAUGCCCUGGUGAUCACACACUACAACCGGACCCGACAGCAGGAAGAGAUGCUGGGGCUCCAAGAAGAAGCACCAGCAGAGAAGCCAGAAGAGGAAGAUCUCAGAAAUGAAGUGCUCCAGUUCAACACAAACUGCCCAGAAUGCAAUGCCCCGGCUCAGACCAACAUGAAGCUAGUACAAAUCCCUCACUUUAAGGAGGUUAUCAUCAUGGCUACCAACUGCGAGAACUGUGGGCAUCGGACCAAUGAGGUGAAAUCUGGAGGAGCAGUAGAACCCUUGGGCACCAGGAUCACCCUCCACAUCACAGAUGCCUCAGAUAUGACCAGAGACCUCCUCAAGUCUGAGACUUGCAGUGUGGAAAUCCCAGAGCUAGAAUUUGAACUGGGAAUGGCCGUCCUCGGGGGCAAGUUCACCACACUGGAAGGGCUGCUGAAAGACAUCCGGGAACUGGUGACCAAAAAUCCUUUCACACUGGGCGACAGUUCCAAUCCUGGACAGACGGAGGGACUACAGGAGUUUAGCCAGAAGAUGGACCAGAUCAUCGAAGGUAACAUGAAGGCCCACUUUAUUAUGGAUGAUCCAGCAGGAAACAGUUACUUGCAGAAUGUGUAUGCGCCUGAAGAUGAUCCUGAGAUGAAGGUGGAGCGUUACAAGCGCACCUUUGACCAAAAUGAGGAGCUAGGGCUCAAUGACAUGAAGACAGAGGGCUAUGAGGCAGGCCUGGCUCCGCAACGGUAGCAGUGGGUGGCUCAAGGGCCAGCCUCCAGCGCUGCUCUUUCUGUAGGUUAUUUAUUGGUAUUGGAAGAAGGCGAAGGCUGGGAGUGUCUUUCCCACCAGCCCUUGCCCAUGGUGGGGAGGACAUCUGGUCUGAGUCAGAGAUCUGUGCACACUUUCUAAACAGCUUGUGAUGCAAGUGUGAGCCUAUUGUGUUACUUGACCUUAUUUUGGAAUUUUUGAAUUGGCCUAGGAGGAAACCCAGAAAUGAACCAGGGGUAUGUCAUUAUCACUUUUUUCAUAUCAAGUCCUUACCCUCCUUCCACAUAAUGCUCUGUCCUCUAAGGUUGGAACUCUGAAGUUGGAGAAGGUGGAAUAAAGUUACACCUGGA